CGAAGCGCGCGUGCCGGAGACGUAAACUCGCACUCGCAGCAGCUGCUCUCUGCACUGCACUGUUGCUCCGCGUCGCAAAUUCCCGUUUCGCGUCCAUCUACGCUGUAGUCUUUUGGUUCUCGCUUCGAGAGACCGUAAAAAUUUUUUCAACAUUGGGUGACAGUUUUCAUAUAUGUGUCUGUAGGCAUAUCACGACCGGGAUUCGACGUCGUACGUCCGCCUGCCCUGCGGACGCUGCCGCGCGUAGCGCCUACACGGACGCACACACCGAGCAACGCAUCGCAUCGUUAUCGUCACUCCGCGCGACGUUGUGGUGCAUAGUGCAUAUUGUGUGUACGACAAUAAUACGUAACAACAACGUGUGCGGUGGCACAGCUUCAGUUUCCUCCUCUCAGGCUCGUCCGGCGAUACGUAAAUCGCUCUCGUCAACACGAUAGAAAUUGCAAGACCACGUCGUAGUCGCAUCAUGGCGGCCGAGGGCAAAGACACCGCGACGUCCACACCGGGACCCCAGUCGCCGCGUCAACAACAACAACAACAACAACAAAAUCAGCAGCAGCAGCAGCAACAACAGCAGCAACAGCAGCAGCAGCAGACAACGGGCCAGAUGCAAACAGCAACGGGCGCCGCGACGGCUUCUGGUGCUGGUGCCGCCGCUGCUGCAGCUGCCGCCACCACCGGAGCAGCGAAUCAGGGCUCGACCAACGGGUCGACGGCAAACCGUGGCUCGGGCGAAGAUGCCGACAACGCAGAUGAAACGCCUCUCGAUAUUGGAGAAAACUAUCUCGUGCGUAGAUACGAAGACCUUUGGCAUGGUGCCGAGAUCAUACAAACUCGUUUCAAUGAAUUAGAAAAUCAUUAUGAAUAUUAUGUUCAUUAUGAAAAUCAGAAUAGACGUCUGGAUGAAUGGGUUCCAAGGAGCAGAAUAAUGUCAAGUAAAUUCGAUGUUCAGGGACGAAAUUGGAAAAAUGGCGACAAGAAUAAUAUGAGUGAUCUACUGGCUGAUUCUUCAGACAGAAAAAUAACCAGAAACCAAAAAAGAAGACACGAUGAAAUUAAUCAUGUGCAAAAGACAUAUGCUGAAAUGGACCCUACAACAGCGGCAUUAGAAAAAGAACAUGAAGCUAUUACAAAAGUGAAAUAUAUUGAUAAAAUUCAAAUAGGCAAGUAUGAAAUUGACACAUGGUAUUUUAGCCCUUAUCCUGAAGAAUACGGCAAAGUACCAAAACUAUGGAUUUGUGAAUACUGUCUGAAAUAUAUGAGACUAGAAAAAACAUACCGUUACCACAUGAGUGAAUGCACACAUAGACAACCAAUGGGAAAAGAAAUUUAUCGUAAAGGAGUACAUAGUAUUUGGGAGGUUGAUGGCAAAGUUCACAAAAUAUACUGUCAAAAUCUGUGUCUACUUGCAAAAUUAUUUUUAGAUCAUAAAACUUUAUACUUUGAUGUAGAACCUUUUAUGUUUUACGUUUUGUGUGAGAUCGACAAACAUGGUGCCCAUUUAGUUGGUUACUUUUCAAAGGAAAAAGAAUCACCCGAUGGAAAUAAUGUUGCUUGCAUUUUGACCUUACCUCCAUUCCAAAGACAAGGCUUUGGAAAAUUACUAAUAGCUUUCAGCUAUGAAUUAAGCAAAAUCGAAGGAGUUGUAGGCAGCCCUGAAAAGCCUUUGAGUGAUUUAGGAAAAUUGUCUUACAGAAGUUAUUGGAGUUGGGUAUUACUUGAAAUCCUCAGAGAUUAUAAAGGAUCAUUGAGCAUCAAAGAUUUGAGUACAAGAACGAGUAUCUCUCAAACUGAUAUCAUUUCGACACUUCAAAGCAUGAAUAUGGUGAAGUACUGGAAGGGUCAGCACGUGAUCUGCGUUACCUCUAAGAUUGUUGACGAUCAUAUUAUAAGUGAACAGUAUAAGAGACCUAGACUUGUUGUUGAUAUAAGUGCCCUUCGCUGGGGUCCUCCUAUUAAAAAGGCUAAACCAGGAAAGAAAUGAUGUGAUACACUAUGCACAUAUUUUA